CUUUUACAUUUUAACGCGAGGUUUGAUGGUCUGUUCGUUUAGAGUAAAAUGACUGAAGAACUGGACCGUACCUCUGUCAUCGGAUUAGAAAAGAGCUGGCAAGGAGGGGCACCGAGAAACUGCAAGAGCCGCGCAGCCACCAGAGUGCGCCGGAGCGUCGCUUUUGUCGCUCUGACAGCAGACCGCCUGUAUCGGCGGGUUCCUGAAAACAUCCUGAACAGAAAGCCUGCUGAAUUUGGUCACAUCGCCGGCUCCGAACAUGCAGCUUACUCGCCGUCUUCUCGUGAACAAACUAUCCGCGUGCUUGAUGUUCCUCGCCUUCGUCCCAGUUAACAUUGCUUCUGUGAAUAUUAAUGAAGACAAGAAUAUCAAGAAUGAAGAGUUUGGUGCAGAUUUAACAAACAGUGUUUUAGAUGUGAGAGAAAUUGUUUUUAUCAUUCAGAGCCAAAGAAACUCCUUUCAUGCCAAGCUUGCUGGAAAACGUAGACAAGCGCUGAUAGAAAGUGCAGAAACCUUUUCUAAGAAUCUGCCAGUUGUGUUGCUUAUUCAUGACCUGACAGAGAGUGAAGGAGGAUGGAGCAUUCUACCAUUAAUGCCCCAGUUUUCAGAAAACUAUGGGCAUAACUCAUCAUGGAUAUUCUUCUUGGAAGAGGAAACAUCUGUCAAUGUUCCUAAAAUUGUACACAUCUUGAGGAGAUUCCCUAAAGAACAGGAGUGGUUUCUUGGAAAAGCAUUACAUGAUGAGGAAGCAACAAUAAUACAUCAUUACGCCUUUUCUGAUGACCCAAAAGCAUUUAUGUAUCCGGAUUUUGCAGCAGGUUGGGCAUUAAGUAUGACUCUUGUUAAGAGGCUAGCAAAAAAAGUAAAAGAUGAACCACUGAAAUCGGAUUUUACUAUAGAUCUGAAGCAUGAGAUUGCACUUUAUAUCUUUGAGGAUGGAAAUGGACCUGCUCUAAUACCAGUACAAGAGCUUUGUACAGUUGCUGAUAGCUCUAAUAAUGAAGAAAUCUGUGCCACAACCCACACUGCAUUUUCAUCCUCAUGUGUGAAACCUGUUGAUAAAAACGAUAUAUUUUUUGGAGUGAAAACUUGCAGAAAAUUUCAUAAGGACCGAAUUCCAGUGGUGAAGAAAACUUGGGAGAAGGACAGUGCUUUCAUUGAGUACUACAGUGAUUAUGCUGAUAGUUCAAUUCCAACGGUAAAUUUAGGAGUACCAAAUACAGAAAGAGGUCAUUGUGGGAAGACGUUUUCUAUUUUGGAGAGAUAUGUCAGCAAUGCAGUUCCAGAAACAAAGUGGCUGGUGAUUGUGGAUGAUGACACUUUGAUAAGUGUCCCAAGACUCCAGAAACUGCUGGGCUGUUACAAUCCGAAUGAGCCUGUAUUCCUUGGAGAGCGUUAUGGAUAUGGCCUGGGGACGGGUGGAUACAGCUAUAUCACAGGAGGAGGAGGAAUGGUCUUCAGCAGACAGGCAGUUUUGAAAUUGCUUGAGAGUGGGUGCCGUUGCUAUAGUAAUGAUGCUCCUGAUGAUAUGGUCUUAGGAAUGUGCUUCAGUGCUUUGGGUAUACCUGUAACCCACAGCUCACUUUUCCAUCAGGCAAGACCUGAAGAUUAUUCAAAGGACUACUUGUCUCACCAAAUUCCAAUUUCUUUUCACAAACACUGGAACAUUGAUCCAGUAAGUGUCUAUCAUAAAUGGCUGAAAGAAGACUCAUACCCAGAAAAUGUGCAGGGACACAAAGGAAUUAGAGAGGACCUUUAAUUCAAAGACUGCUGCUUCAGUCAAAAACCUCAUUCUCGAAGAAAAGGAAAAACGGUUUCAUUAUUUUUGACGUUCACUUCCUGAAAGAAAAAUAGAUUUAGCAUCUGCAUACAGUUAAUUUACAUCUUAUAUUACAGUUUUUUGUUGCAGUAGUUACUUAAUAAUCUGUUGAGUGUUUAAUGUGAUAGCAAGAAUUAAAGGACUAUGCACAAAAAUGUAAUUCUUUUUGCAAGUGAAAAACAGCAAAAUUAGUUUUCUUCAAUGAGAAGUGGGAUGAUGAGCACUCCAAAGCCUGGGAGAUGUGAAAAGAAGAAUGAGAGACACUUGAGAUUUUACCACUGGAUUUAAUCCUGAAUCACAUCUGUAAUCAUGUGCUGCUAUUGGCACAUUCCUAAAAUAAAAAGUGUAAAGUAUUUUUGGAUUUAAGUACCUUUAACUGUUUUUAGUUCAAGUGCUUACUUAAA